AUGGCUGCCUCACCAGAGUACAUCGAGCAGUACGCACUCGCCUUCGCAGCGGUGUUCUACGUGAGCGAUAUCAUAGCCGUGCUUGAGGCUGGGCUGCAAAUCUUCAUGUGUGUCUACGGCCUCUCGUCGUUCCUCGACACACCUCCGGAGCGCCGAAAAGGACGGCUCCCAUACGUAUUUCUGAGCUUCCUGAUCCUAUUCUUAUCCGUGAUCCCCACGGGCAUCGACCUUUCGGCUACUUUCAAAGCGUUGUACUAUACGGGUCCUGGGUUGGAGUACAUCCGGGGACGGAAUUCCUCCGCCAGCGAAGGGACAGAAAUCGCUUCCCAUUGCCUCUUCUUGAGCUACGUCGCUUUGGGCGACGCUCUUUUGCUUUACCGAUGUUACAUCAUCUGGAACCACAUGUGGUACAUCAUUAUACCACAAAUACUUAUGUUCCUGGGGUUCUUAGGGCUGUCAAUUGGUAAUGUUGGCCGUUUCGUCGCGGGGACCACGAGGAGCUCGGAGCACGAAGCGCUCAAAUCGCAGCGUAUUUCGACUGCAUACACCUCCCUCACUGUAGGCGUCAACGUAAUCGCUACGGCGCUCAUUGCAUUCAGGAUUAUCCGGGCGCAGCAGGCCAUACGAAGGUCGCUUCCAGCACGAAACAUGGGCAUGUACAAUACCGCAGCGAGGAUCAUCAUCGAAUCCGCCCUGCCGCUAGCAAUCUUCGGCCUCAUUACUGUGAUUUUGAAUAUCGUCAACUGGGGCUCGGACUCGGCGACGAAUAGUCUGACGUACAGUACCGUCGCGAGUAUUUUCAGCUCUCUCUAUGCUAGUUUCGCGGCACUUUCUCCCCAAAUGAUCAUCUUCCGAGUCACCACCGGACGCUCGCACACACACUACGGCGACCUCCAGUAUUCCAUCAAUCCAGCAACACGACCUUUGGAGCCCAUCGCGUUCGGUGAUGGGCACACAGGACAUUCGACCGAUUCACUGUCCAGUAGGCUCGAGGAAGGUCCAGGAGCGACUGUUUCAAACGAAAAAGUGUAG